CGACACUUUACGUGCUUCGUUGUGGACACAUUUCGUGAAGGGUAAUUCAACAAAAUGGUUCAGCGACUGACGCUUCGUCGACGCUUGUCGUACAACACCAAGUCCAACAAACGUCGUAUUGUUCGCACUCCUGGUGGACGCCUGGUCUACUUGUAUGAGAAGAAACGCCGUACCCUCCCGAAAUGCGGUCAAUGCAAGAAGGAACUGAGUGGCAUUAAGCCUUCCCGGCCGUGUGAACGUCCCCGCAUGAGCCGCCGCUUGAAAACCGUCUCGCGUACGUUCGGCGGUGUCCUGUGUCACCGUUGCCUUCGGGAACGCAUCAUCCGUGCAUUCCUUAUCGACGAACAGAAGGUCGUCAAGGUGCUGCGAGCUCAGCAGCAAUCUAAGCCUGCUGGCAAGCCGGUCAAGUCCCCGAAGGCCACCAAACCCACGAAAGCCGGUGCCGGCAAGUCGAAGUAGGUGGUGCCUGGAGACGCGCGCGCAUAUCGGAAUGGCAAGAUACCUAUGUGUGUGUAUAAAAGUUAAGAACCCACUCUACAAGAAACUAUAAAACACAAAACAGUUGGUAUG